UUUUCCCAAAUAUCGAUGCAUCGAGCCAACUCUGGGUGCAGUGUCUCUUCUGGCCUGCCAGAGGGCGCCCUUGAGCCGCGCUGGUGGAGUGACGAUGCCGCCUAUCACCACGAGAGAAGUGAGAGAGAAAAAUCUGAGCGAGAGCUCCCACUCGCACUCUGCCUCGCUCCUCACUUCACUCCCCCGUUUGCUCGUCAAAGUACUCGGAGCUCCGACGCCCGCGUCGUAUGUGCCUUGCGGCCGCGCUUAGAUAGCCCCCGACACGCCGAGCUGCCCGUGCGGGGCCGGAACCGGUGUCCCUGGGCCUCGGCGAACCGAAACGACAAUGAUUCGCGACCAGCAGUGCCAGUGGCACGUCGCGGGCUUGCUGUUGCUCUCCCUCGACGUGACGUUUACACAAGUGGCCGCUGUCAACUUCCAGAGGAAGUUUGCAGGGUCGCAUGGUCUUGGCGGCCGGCAGCUCCGAAGAAGCCUCGCAGACACUGGAAGAAGAUGCGCACGGGAUCCCUGCCAGGCAACUCGAAACCGCCGGCGGUUUUGCUCCUUCACACUUUAUCCGACAAUGAGGGAGACUGGAGCAUCCUUCCUCUGCUGCCUUAUUUGUCUCGUACCUUUGGCAAGAAUUCCUCGUGGAUGGUGUUCCUGGAAGAGGAGACCGGCGUAAAGACGACGAGGCUCGUCGAAGCGCUCGCCAAGUUUGACGAGAAAAAAGAAUGGUUCCUGGGGAAGCCGCUCCACGACGACGAGUCGACCAUCAUUCAUCACUACGCCUUUGCCGAGAACCCGCCCGUCUUCAAAUACCCCGACUUUGCUGCCGCCUGGGCCUUAAGCGUCCCCCUGCUAGUCCGGCUCGCCAACAAAGUCCGAGAGGAGCCACUGAAAUCGGACUUCACCAUCGACCUGAAACACGAAGUGGCCUUGUACAUUUGGGACAACGGGAACGGUCCUCGUUUGACCGCCGUGCCCGAGCUGUGCACGGAGCUCGAGGACUCCCCGAGUGCCAAGUUUUGCGCCACCGCGUUGCUCCCCGAGCCCCCCCCUUGCGGUGAGCCGGUACGUCAGGACAACAUCUUUGUCGCCGUGAAAACAUGCAAGAAGUUUCACAAAGAACGAGUGCCCGUCAUCAAGAAGACUUGGGAGAGGGACGCCGUCUACCUGGAGUAUUACAGCGACCACGCCGACGCUUCCAUACCCACCAUCGAUUUGGGAGUCGCCAACACCGAGAGAGGUCACUGCGGGAAAACGUUCGCCAUCCUCAAAAGAUUCGUCAGCGGCGCCGUCCCCGACACCGAGUGGCUCCUCGUUGUGGACGACGACACGCUGAUCAGCCUCCCCAGACUGCGAUCGUUGCUCAGCUGCUACCAGCCGCGGGAAGCCGUGUAUCUGGGCGAGCGCUACGGCUACGGCCUCGGCCAGGGAGGCUACAGCUACAUCACGGGAGGCGGCGGCAUGGUGUUCAGCAGGGAAGCGGUGGCGCGGCUCCUGCAAAGCGGCUGCAAAUGUUACAGCGACGACGCUCCCGACGACAUGGUGCUGGGAAUGUGCCUCAACGCUCUCGACGUUCCCGCCACGCACAGUCCGCUUUUCCAUCAGGCCCGGCCGGAGGACUAUUCAGCGGACUUACUUGCUCACCAGGUUCCCAUUUCUUUCCACAAACAUUGGAACAGCGACCCCGUAGUGGUCUUUAACCAAUGGCUGAGGGACGGCCGCCGUAAAAGCCCGGCCGCGCUCGAUGCCAAUGAGAGCAUCAAGACGGAGCUGUGAAAUAAAAAAAAAAAAAGGUCAAGCAACGAUGCCGUGGGUGUGCUAUGAGCUUGCGUCUUGCCAAUAUUUAUAUAUGUUCAGUAUCAGAUGGAAACUCACGGGCAAUGUUCUCAAAUCUAUUUUUAAAUAAAAUGUAUGUGCUUUUUAA